UAAGAAGUUGAUAAUUUUUUAAAAAUGUCACUGUGAAUUUUAAAAAUUUAAUAGUUUAUUUUUUACCGAAAUAUGGAUAGGAAAACACCUGAACUACGACCUGCGAUUAAUGAGUACUUUAAAGAUCCAUCACCAUCUUCUAACUUGUUUGACGAUAUAUCAUCACACGCUGCAACUGACACUAAACGAGAAGAGCCAGCUGUUUGUCGUAUAUUUCAGCAAAUAGAAACUAAAAAGACAGACAUAUUUGAUAUAAUCAAAUCUUCUGACAAUGGCCAUACUAAUAGUCCUGGAUUUGAAAUCCGAGAAGUUUCGUUUUUAAACACUGGAAAUGAUCGUAUUGAUCCUUUGAAUAUAUUCAGUCAUGAGUUGGAACUAUCUUCUAUUCCGACAGAAGACGAGAGAAGACGAUUUGCUUGGAUACCAUCUACUAAAACAAAAAAUAUUCUUGAAAAAGCUUCACAAAUGAAUCAUACAUUACCCAGAGACAUGUUAACAAUGCCAGGAGUUGAAAAUGUUAAUUUUACGAAUAAAACAUAUGAAGCUCUUGUAUCAUACCUUGGUGAAAAUGAGGCAGCUGCGUUUAAAAGUAAAACUACGGAAGAAGUAACUCAAGAUGAGCGAGGUUUGAAAUUGUUAAUUGAAGAUGGAAACUAUUCUGAAGCAUUAAAUUUGACAACUAGAUUGUUGGCAAUGUAUGGUCAAGGUCCUGGACAAAUGGGCUAUGCUAGUAAACACACAAAACAUUCCCUUCAGUUAUGGUUUACUAGAUUUUCAUUGUUGGUGAAAAUCUGUGCAUGGAAAAUAGCCAGCAAAGAAGCCUUGGCUUGGGAUGAUUUAGAUCACCCAGAUCUCUAUAUGCAAUGGUAUAAAGAACUGUAUGGUAAUAAGUAUGGUUCGCUUGUACCAUUUGGCUUUAGACUUUUACUGGCCGAACUUCCUCAGUAUGUAACACCAUCAACUAAUGUUUAUAAAAAACUAUUUGAAGUGCUUAUCGGUGUUAGAAAAAUCAUUAAAAAUUUAGAUAAUGGUCUGGCUGAAGAUGGUCGAAAUGUAGAAUUAACAGUCCAAGAUCGAAACACAACAAAAGUAUUGUGGUACACAAGAGAAGCUAGAGUAAUACAUUCAUGUAUUAAUUGUGCAUUAAAUCAAAAGGAUUUCAAACUCGCAAUUCAAUUAUUAAAAGACCUUAUUGAAACUCCAAGAUUGAAGUAUACUACAGAUCAUUCUCGUUCUCUUUUAUCAGCAAUGGGCCGUAUUUUUUUGCAAGUUGGUGAUCUAAAAGCUCAUGGAUACUUCCUUAAAUCAUCUCGAUUAAAACCACAAAUUCAAGAAACAAAUAGUGAAAAUAAAGCUGAUUACCGUGAAUUAAUAGAUGCUGCAUUAUUAGCCAUUGCUCAAAAUAAUUAUAAAGAAGCAUACAAACAUUUUGAAAAUGCUUAUGUAUUGAAUUCCAAUAAUGUUAUGGUGUUGAACAAUAUGGCUACUUGUUUAUUUUAUGAAGGCCAACUAAAUAAUGCAAUAUCAUUAUUGGAGGACGCUAUACAGAGAUAUCCUGAUUUGGCAUUAAAUGAAAGUCUAUUAUCCAACAUCUGCUGUUUUUACCAAUUUCAAAAUUCUGCAUCUAAUAAACAAAGACUGCUUAAAUAUCAUAUUAUUUCUAAGUAUAAAAAUAGUGUCUCAGAUUUAAUUAGUUAA